UUAUCUUUGUCCUGAAGUUUAUUUUAUUUUUAUAUUUAAGGUACAGAAACAGACAUCAGAUUGGUUAAAUACAUACAGUUAUUACACACUAAACAUUAUUUGUAAACCUGAAGUCCAAUUAGAUCUGUACACAGCAUUUUCGUGGAAUCUUCAGCGCUGGUUUACUAAAUACUAACAAUUACAUACAGUAUAUAAUAUGUACAUAUUAUAUUAAACUUAAUGACAAAAAAAAAUAGAAAAUAGAAAAAUUUAAUGCCAAAAAAAAAAAAGUUAUUCUGGUUGCAAGUCUGCACCGCGAAUAAUCUUUCUAAAUUCAUAACUACUAUUGUGAGAAAUAUCAACAUGAGAACACACAGAAUUAUAAUACUUGCACAUUCUAGCGAGCGGACCAUUCUGGGAUACAUUGUUUUUACUUGUGGGUAUCAUAAAUAGUUGUGGGUUACGCACAGAACGCAUCGGUACCUGGAUGGCAAGUUUAUCCAAUAGAUAGCUGUCAAGUGAGCCAUUUGCUAUUUUAUGUAAAGUGCACAGGUCGCUCAUCUAUCUUCUCUUUUCAAGACUUACCAUCUGAAAGUGGCAAGACGCUGGUCAUAUUGCUUUAAUUUGCGCCUAAGGGCUUAUACGCACUAGCGAUUGACCGCCUAGGCGGUUCGUUUGAGCGGUCCAACCGCUUAACGCGGUUUCAUCGCGGCUGACCGCUAUGGCGGCCAAUCGCGAAAAAACCGCGAUGAUAACGCGUUAAGCGGUUGGACCAGAGCGGCCCGCGUACCUCAUAAACAAAAUGGACGCCGUCGAGAUAGCUUGUGUUAUUUAUUAUUACUCCCGAAAACAACGAAAGAAAAAUAAAAAAAGAUACUGGAUUCAUCCUUUACUAGAAACACGUAAUGAAUUUGGCCAGUUCGCAACUUGUUUUCAAGAACUGAAGAAGCACCAAGAUAAAUUCUUUGGCUAUGUUAGAAUGAGUGUUUCGUCAUUUGAAGAAUUACUAACAGUUUUAUAUGUCACCAUCAAAGGACAAGAUACUAAAUUUCGUGACUGUAUCCAACCCGAAGAGAAAUUAGUUAUAACGUUAAGAUAUUUUGCAACAGGUUGUACAUUUGCGGAACUACAUUAUACAUUCAAAAUUGGAGUAAGCACUGUAGCAGAAAUCGUACGAGAAGUUUGUUUUGCAAUUUGGUUUUGUCUGAAAGAUAUUUGUUUGCCUCAACCAAAAAAAGACGCUUGGAAAAAAAUUGCGAAUGAUUUUUUUCAAAGAGCUAAUUUUCCUUACUGCUUAGGUGCUGUCGAUGGCAAGCGCAUACGAUGUAUAGCACCUAAUAACAGUGGCUCAAUGUGCUUUAAUUAUAAAAGUUUUUUCUCUUUGGUUUUAUUAGCAGUAUGCGACAGUAAUUUCAAAUUUGUUAUGGUUGAUAUUGGAGCUUUUGGUAAAUUCAGUGACUCGUCAAUAUUUCAAAAUUCUGUUUUCUACGAAAGAAUGCAAAAAAACCAAUUGGAUAUUCCAGAGCCACAGCCUAUUUCACAAAACAGCGAGACAUGUAUGCCAUACGUUUUUGUAGGCGACGAGGCAUUUGCAUUAUCUACGAAUAUGAUGCGCCCAUACGCAAAAAAAGAUUUGGAUGAAACUAAAAGAACGUUCAAUUACAGGCUUUCUAGAGCAAGAAGAUAUGUAGAAUGCAGUUUUGGAAUUUAUGCAAACAAGUGGCGUAUAUUUCAUAGACCUCUAAAUGCGUACAAGCAAGAUGGCGGCCAGCCGCGGAGCGGGCCGCAGCUCUCCAUUCAACCGCCGCGGUUGAAACUUUGCGGCGGUCAAGUGCGUACAAUCACAGGCGGUUGCAUAUUAAACUGGGAAAGCGGCAGACCGCGCGGUUAGCCGCCCCCGCGGUUGACCGCUAGUGCGCAAGGGGCCUUAGACCAUACUUCGAGCAUAAAGCUCUAACAAACCGCCAUUGUAUAGAUUAAUAAUAAUAAAAAUCGUUUAAUUGCAAAUAAAGUGGUACAUUAAGAUCUUUCUUUUGACAAUAAACUUAAUGCUAUCUAUUAUUGUGAGAGACUGGUGCUUGAAAAAGGUUGGGAAAACCUGUUAUUACAAGUCACCAGUCCCUUUGGACAUAUUGGCAAAAAGUAUUGUUAAUACAACUUUUAAA